AUGCAUGAACCUACGACGAAAACCGGAGUUAAAGAGGUUCAGGUGCCAGCUGAAGAAAUAAGGAGGCGGAGAGAAGCCUACGGAUACGGCGCCGUGGCCGAUACAGCGCCCACGACGCCCCCGAAGCUUGGAUGCCACCCGGGGAUCAUCGAGAUGCAAAACCUAUUGGUACUCUUCACUCAAGUGACGUUCGUCUCACUUUAUGCUAUUGGCAUUUGCUGCUUUCAGUUCAACCCUCGGAAGUUCUCAGCUGAAGCCAGCGGGGUCGAUCAAACUGUCGUGUAUUUCCCCAUCGAAGCUCCUCUGGUGUUCAACGCAGUGUUGCACCUGAGUUACCUGACGGCGCGUCUGCUGCGCAACUGCAACAUCACUUCAGGAACUUUGCUGCGGUGUCUUCCCUCACACGAGCUGUUCAGUAAAGUCUUCACAUUAAUAAUCUUCCCCUCAGCGCUG